AUGGUUCAAAAGCCAGGGCUGCUGAUCUCUGAACCCACUCAGCACAAGAGAAACCUAGUGAAUGACUUUAAUGGGACACAGUCAGCCCUGGGUUACACCACAGACUCUUCCACAGCUCGAGCCUUACUUACCAGCCUUGCCACUUCGGCGGUGUUUUUUGGAAGGAAAGCCCAUGGGAGCGCAGCCCGGCUCCCCCGCGGGAGGAUCGGAGCCCGAGCCGCGGCCGCUGCCCUGGUUCGGGAGGCUCGGGAGGCUCCUCCAGCAGAUGGAGCUUCAGGGCAGCCCAAAGGGCUCCGGCUGUGCCGCACAUCGCCGGGAGCGGCUCCCGCUGCAUCCCCACGGCCGGGCACGGCCUCCGGAGCCGGCACCGGCACCGACACCGGCACCGACACCGACACCGACACAGACACCGACACCGAUACUGACACCGACACCGACACCGACACCGACACCGACACCGACACCGAUACCGGCGCCGGAACCGACACCGACACCAGCACCGACACCGACACCGACACCAGCACCAACACCGACAACGAUACUGACACCAGCACCGACACCGGCACCGACACCGACACCGACACCAGCACCAACACCAACACCGACACUGACACUCACACCGACACCAGCACCAACACCGACACCGGCACCGACACCGACACCGGCACCGGCACCGACACCGGCACCGGCACCGACACCGACACCAGCACCAACACCAACACCGACACUGACACUCACACCGACACCAGCACCAACACCGACACCGACACCGGCACCGACACCGACACCGGCACCGGCACCGACACCGACAUCGGCACCGGCACCGACACAGACACACAGACACCAACACCGACACAGACACUGACGCCGACACAGACACUGACGCCGACACAGACACCGACACUGACACAGACACUGACACACACAGACACCAACACCGACACCAACUGCAACACCAGCACCAACACCAACACCGGCACCGACACUGACACCGAUACCGACACCAACACUGACACCGACACAGACAUAGACACCAACACCAACGCCGGCACUGACACCGACACCAACACCGACACCAACAUCGACACCAACACCGGCACCGACACUGACACCGACACCGACACCAACACUGACACCAACACCGACACCGACACCAACUGCAACACCAGCACCAACACCGGCGCCGACACAGACACCAACACCAACACUGACACCAACACAGACACCGACACCAACACAGACACCGACACCAACACUGGCACUGACACCAACACUGGCACUGACACCAACACCAACACUGACACCGACACCAGCACCGACACCGACACCGGCACCGACACCGGCACCGGCACCAACACUGACACCAACACCAACACCAACUGCGACACCAGCACUGACACCGACACCGGCACCGACACCAACACCAACACCAGCACUGACACCGACACUGGCACCGACACUGACACCAGCACCGACACCAGCACUGACACCGACACCAACACCGACACUGGCACCGACACCGGCACCGACACCAACAUCGACACAGACACACAGACACCAACUCCGACACCGACACCAGCACUGACACAGGCACCGCCUGCGGCUGUUCGGGUUCGAGCAGCCCACAAACAAACCAACAACCAACACACCCUCGACAAACAAACCAACAUACCCCCAACAAACAAACCAACAGCCAACACAUCCCCAACAAACAAGCCAACAACCAACAUCCAACACACCCGACCCCUCCCCAGGGGCACACAGGGAGCGCACCUGGCUCCAGCUGCCUCUGCCGCCCCUUCCUUGCAUGUCCCAUUUAAUGUGUGCACCCAAAGCACAGCACUCGUACAAGUUUGA